AGGAAACAAGGGGGACAACUCUAAGACUCCAACCACAUUUCUUUCCAUUUCCACAAAUGUUGUUUAUUGUGAAAGGAGUCGAGUCUCUUCUUUGCGACUGGACGUGCAUGUGGUCUUUCUAUUCUAUUCCAUCGAUCCUUACCCUUUCAUGUUGUCAUUUCUAAUUCCUUUUUGUUUACCCCAAUUAAUAUUAUAUGGAUGGCUCAUCUAAGAAAGUGAUAAUGACUGGUGUGAAAGAAUUUCACGGUGCAAUGUUGGCUCAAACUCACAGAAUUCACUAGGAUCAUAUGCAGUUUAGAAUUUCAAGCCAACACCUUAUUGAUUACUAGCCACUUGUGCAUGGAAGGUAUGCCCCCAAGCAUCCAUGCAAGCUGAUCCCUCCCAUCAUGUGAACUGUAAUGUUGACAAAGUCUCUCAAGACUACUUUAUAUCCCUACCUUUGGUGCCUCUCUGUUUGCAGUGAACAACCAGCAUAAUUUCAGCAACAAUGGCUCAAAUGGAAACUGCAUUCCCAGAUGCUAAACUUCCUGUUCCAAGUUAUGUCAUGGAGAGCUCUUCAAACCAUCCAUGUCACCGCCUCAGUAUUCCUGCAGCUAGGUUAUUCUGGUGUCGUCAUUGCAUGCAGAUAUUUGAAGAUCCAAUCACUCGGUGGCGGCACAGCAAAACUUGUCUUAAUUCUUCGUCUCGCAAUGUAAAGAAAGACAGAGAUGGACGCACAAUGCAAGUAUUUGUCAAUGCUGACAAUUUAUCACACUGCCAACGCGAGGAGAACAAAUUAAAAUCAGUUAGCCGUGGUGUUGGCACAGGUAAAUCUCCAAGUGCAGACUUACGGUGUCGAAUAUGCAAGAAAACUUUUUUGUCAAUUGAAGAAAUGCGUACACAUGUGCGGACGCCAUGCCGUAAACGCCCAUCCAUGGGUAUUUCUAAACACAAAUACACAGCAAGGCAUAAAGACAUGGGUGCUCCUAUUCAAAUUCCAGAUUCAACAUCUGAAAUUAUUUACAUUAAAGAUGGUCACCAAACUGUAUUCUCAUUGGAGUCUCAGUCUUCUCAGCCUGAAGGUAUAAAAACCGAACCUGUUGAACCCCAACCCUCAAAUUUUAAAGAGAAUGCAUUUCAAUAUGGUUCUUGUGGAGAAGACGAAGUGAUUAUCAUUCCAGAUACAUUUGAUAAUACUAGCAAUCUUAACACUAUCGAACAGACUGUUGAGAUUACUGCUGUUGAAAUGGUUCCGCCUGUUGUUUCCAAAAGUGAAGAAAUUAUGAAGCAAUGUUGUAAAAGUAAAGAAAACAAAGAGAACAAUGUUCGCAAACGGAAACGUGUUAUACCGAAAGAGAUUGAAGAACGACCUAAUCUCAAGACCAAUGUCACAAGUUCUCCCAAAGGGGAUCAACAGAUCCCAUCAGCACCACUGCCGUCAGUUACUGAAACACCACCCAAAGAUGUCCCAGAUGAUGUUGAAUCCUCUAUGGUGAAAAUUGCCAAGGUGAUGAAAGAUUUGGAGGACCUACUUCUUAAACAACCUACCACGGAAAAUGAAGUUGAUGAGAAGAUUGAAGAAUUUCCUUCUGAUGAUUCAAAAGGCUUGGUAACUGACAACCUUCCAAAUGAUGUCAUCACUCAGUUGUGUGAAGAUGCUCCUGAAAAAGUUGAAAUACCACCUGACAAAGAUGUUUCCUCUGAUGAAAAUGCUGAAUCCUGUCUAAAGGAUCUCCUCUUCACAUCUGUCAAAAUGAAAAACCAAGUUAAGUUGUCUCCCAAGAAUGUAAAAAGCAUCAACCUGUCAGCUGUGUCCCCACAGAAAACAAGCAAUAGUAACAGCAAGUGUACCGUUCGGAAGGAUCUGAACAAGUCUAGUCUCUCACCUGUGCCACAAGAUAACCUUUGUUUGGACUUGUUCAUGCCCGUCAAUGCAUGCUCGGUGACACUUCCUGACCCUCUGCUUGACAUAAAGAACGGGAUGCCUGCAGAGGUAUUACUUGAUGAAACCACCAGCACAAAACCACCAGUUGCAGCUGCAUUACUCGAAACUAUUUCAUCACGGGAUUCAGCUGAGUUGAAAGAGGAAAACAAACUGCCAUCAUAUAUUUUUGAAGGAGACCUUCUUCCGUUACAGGAGCAUUCUGAUGUUCUUUUUGAAGAAUCUACUAUUGAUGAAAAAGAAAGUUCUGAAGAAAGUAUCAUUCAACCUGUUGAAGAAGUGACAGAAGUAAAAGACUGCUUAUCAUCCUCUACUGAUAUGGUUGCUACUGAGAAUGAGCAGCCCCUUAAGAAGGUUUUUCAGGAUAAGGCACUGGUAUCUACCGUCUCAGAACCAUUAAUAAAAGAAUCAUCAGUUUCUGAAAUGAUCAGCUUUGAAAUACCAGUAGAGGAGAUUCAAGCAAUUCCUAAUGAGUUUCAAGUUACAUCACUGGACUCUGCUUCUGACGAAAUGACUGAAGAUGAUAUAUCUAAGGUGAAAGAACAUAAAGAGGUAGUUCAGCAGUCAGAUCUUCACCUGGAAGAUCAACACUCAGAUCCUCAUGUGGAAGAUCAACAGCCUUAUGAGGUUCAGCUGAAAGAUCAACAGCCUGAUGAGGUUCAGCUGAAAGGUCAACAGCCUUAUGAGGUUCAACUGAAAGGUCAACAGCCUUAUGAGGUUCAACUGAAAGGUCAACAGCCUUAUGAGGUUCAACUGAAAGGUCAACAGCCUUAUGAGGUUCAACUGAAAGGUCAACAGCCUGAUGAGGUUCAGCUGGAAAGUCAUGAGCCAGCUGUUCAGCAAGAAGAUCAACAACCAGAACUUGAGAUGGAAAAACCUCAAGCAAAAGAGUAUCAAGUGAGAGAGCAGCCAGAAGAACAUCAAAUGAAAGAAAUUAAGGCGGAGGAAUGUAAAAUGGAAGAACAUAAGGUGGAAAGGCCACAUAUAAAAGACCACCAUAAAGAACAUCAUCAGAUUGAAGAGGUGGAUGAAAUACCUAACAGGGAAGAGGAAUUAGAGCCUCAAGAGGAAGAGUCAUCUCGGCAAAAAGAAAGGAAAAUUUUUAGUGGGAAACAUGAAAGUGAACUAAAACUGCAAAAGUCUCCAAAGUUAUUCAAGUGUAAAGCUUGCAGUAACACAUUUAAAACAUCCCAAGCCUUGCAGAAACAUUCUCGUGUCCCCUGUAAAGUGAAGCAUACUCGCAGUUUGUGUCAGAAAAUUCUACGUCCAAAGCGACCAUGUGUUAAAAUUGAAAAGAAACCUGUGAAGAAGAAAGUAGUGAAACCACCUAAACGUCCAAAGCUUAUGGUUCCUAUUGUUCCUAUAACACGACAAGAAGUAGUGCGUCCAGCCACACCGAAAAGGCCACGUCGUUUCUCCAGACGCAAACGAAGAAAAUCUUCUUUUAUUGAUGAACAAAAACGUAUUCUACCUUUUGUCAAUGUUCUUAUGUCAGAACUCUCUGUUAAAGAUCUCUUUUUUUACAAGUUGGGCUUAAUUAAUAACUCUUGCAAACCCACCCCCUCUACAUCUACAUCUGAAGUAAUGUCAGAGACACUAUCAAUAUGUAAACUGGGGAAAGACAAGUCUUUGAUUGUUCGUAGAACUUCUGCUGAUCUUCCUCCAUUUGAUAACAACCUAGAAAUGACGAAUUCCUCAGUACACCCUGUUGACUCUGCAUUAAUUAGUGGUGUUUUUAAUGACUGUUCUCUUCCAGAAGGCAAAAGAAAACCUUCUGUUGAUAUCAGUUAUAUGCCAGUACUUGAAUCAAUGACUUCUGCAACUGAUGAAGAUUGCUUUGAACAUGAAAAUCAUCAAAGCCAAGAUCAUUCAAAAAACGAUAUAGAAGAUGCAGCAGCCUCGUCUCUUGAGAUCUCUGUACCUCAAGCUAAAAGUGAUAGUAACUUUCAGAAUCAGCCUUCUGUGCUUUGUAAAGAAGAAAAUUUAUCAUUGAAGAAAGACAGUGAUUUAUCUUCAGUUACCUGUGAUCUUAAAGAUUCUUUCACCACAGAUGAUAAAAGUAAGACCUGCACUGACUCUGACCAGUCUGAACCAGAAUCUCUUCCCGUUUUCCAUACUUCAGAUUCGGUAAAGUUACUGAGAAAGAAACUCCGACAAGAAUGCAGCAACCCUAUUUCUAUCCUAGCUCAAGAUUCAAGGAAUCAACAUUUAUCUACAAAUGAAUUGUGCAAACCUCCAACUUUAGAUUCUGCCAGUGAUGAUGCGAAGAGUGAGACCAAAAAGCAUACGGUUUUUGAAGGAGAUCAAUAUCUGACUCAAAAAUCUGAACAACAGACAACAAUAGAGAAAAUUGAUAAUUCUUCUGUUAAUGAUAGCAAAAAAAGAACUCAGACAGGAAAAGAACCUUCAAAUUCGUCUGCUGUUUCAUCAGAUAUUUCACCACUUGUCUCAAAUGAAACUAUUGCUCAGUCUAAUUCUUUAGCAAACCAGUCUCGAAAUUCUUCUUUGUCUCCAUUGGUAUCUAGUCUUAAAGAUGCAACAGACAUAACCCCUGCCACCGACAACAAUAGUGAUUUCCAUAGUAAAUCUGAUUUAGAUUCUGAAAAUAAAUCUUCAGAUGUAAAUUCUGAAAAUGAGUCUUCCACUUCACUACCUCCUUUUGACAUUGAUGAUAAAAAUGUUAGAACUGAAUGGCUUGGUGUAUGCUUGCCCAGCCAAAGGUCUCAGUCACCCAACAUACCAGCUGCUGAUUCUCCAACAAGUGACAAACACUUGGACUUUGAACAUUUAGUUGAUAAUCACAAGCAAUCAACUGAUGUCAGUGUUUCACUCUGCAGUACUCAACCUCUUCAUAUAGAGACUUCCAACUCAUUAUCUAAGAAGCUAGAUGUUAGCCACUCUGCAAAGCAACGUCAUUUUAGCGACAUCUUUGGCAAUGAAAAAUCUUCUUUAGUUGAAAAAGAUAAUUCUAAUGAUCAACACUGUCAGAUAUCUCCAUCAAAAGAAAGAUCUAAGCGCCAUUUUACUGACUUCUUGAGUUCACUCAGUGAAAAUUCUGUCAACAAUGCACAGCAUCCAGAACCUACUCAUUUGCCAGAAUGUACUUUAUCCAGGAGAGAUAAUAUUUCAAAGACUUGUGGAAAUUCUUCAUCAAAUCAAAUUGCCAAGAGAUCUGAUGCUGAUCCCUGUGUUUCCUGCCAACAUGCUGCUGAUACUGCCCAGAAUGUUAAUCAGACUUGCCAUAAUGCUAGAUGUGUUCCUGAAGAGGCUAAAAACCCUACGGUGGAUGUAAAUAAAAGCCAUCAAAUUUCUCCUGUCAAAAAACGCACACACUGUUAUUGCGGCUCAGCUGUUCCUAGUGUUAGUAUUGAACCAGCCAAUGCCAUGCACAGAUCUCAAUGUCCAUGCUGUCAACAUCAGGUAUCUAAUCCAUUAGAGCCCGGAUCUGCUGAUGCUGGAUCCAUUUCAAAGAGCUGUCUUCAUACUGAUAAUGUCAGCGAUUCAGUCAUUUCUUCCUUUGAUGCUUGUGCUCAGGGUUGUCCCUUGAAAGUUCAGGACAAUACGCUUCAUGAUAACGCUCAUGCAGCUGCCCAUGUCUUAUCCCUUGUUUCCUUACCUUCUAGUUCUGUGCAUAUGAACAUGGCCUGGUCCACUAAUGUGUGUCGAGCUGCCUUGUCUGCAGACUCAUCAGGAGAUCCUUGUGCAUUUUCCAAACAAACUACUUUAUGUGUCCCUUUGAAUUCGUCUACAAAAACCGGUGGUGGGACAGAAUCUCCUUUGCAGAAUUCUUCGUUGCAACAUCAUCAUUGUCGUCAUCAUCAUCAUCACUCAUGUAUACCCACUACUCCUCCUACCUCUUCCACAUCAUCAUCAUCAUCAUCAUCAUCAUCAUCGUUGUCUGGCUGUAUAACAUCUAUAUCAUCAUCUACUGCGACUGUUUGUAGCACUACUACUCCUUCUAGCACUGCUACUAGUAGUAAAGAUGUCCAUAAACCAAACAUUACUUUAAACGCGGAGUCCAUUACAGAGGUCCCUGAUAAAAACUUAACACCAACAUUGUGUGUUGCUGCAACGAACAGUACUGAACACAGCAACGACUGCUGCUCCACUGCUGCUAAUGCGCUCACAAUAGUUGUAGAGAAUACUGAUAGCAGUGCCACUGCAUCCAACACCAACCGUAUUGCAGUGGCUGCGUCUUGUUCUGAAUCUUCAUCUAGCGAGACACAAACUAGAUGUAACUGUUCAGGGAAGUUUUGCCUUCCGAGGCAGAAAUUAAAAGGCGCCCUCUGUUUGGGUAACAACGAAGACAAACUGUCAGUGUUUUGUAAUUGUUGUAGUAGUAAUAAUAGUAGCAGUAGUAUUAACAGUAAUAAUAAUAAUAACAUACAUCACCUACACCAUCAUCACCAUCACCAUCAUAACUGCAAUAGUAACACAGCUAGUAGCUUUUUAAAUGCAAAGGGGCCACUAAUUCCUGAGUCUGUGGCGUGUCUCUGUAGUAAAAGGUUAGAGACUCGGUCAGCUGUUCUUAAAGGAGAAUCAAAUAUAAAGUCCUAUAAAAAUCCAUUCCAAUCUCGAGUUAUACCAUCUUCAGUUAUCUGUGUUAAGCGAUCCCUUAAUCCAAGAAUAUCAGUCGCUACACAGACUGAAUCCAGCUUCUUGAAGGAAGUUAAGGUUGUUCCGGCUGUCUCUUCGACAAGUGAAGCAACAAAAACUUGUGAUAGUAUCAAGGUAACUACUGACCCCAGCCGUUCCUCUUCCCUUCAGACUUGUCCAAAGCAAAUUCCUGAACCACCCUCUUUGGAGCAGCAGCUGACUUCUGAAGAAGUUGUCCAAGAAGAGAUUCUCCUUGAUGCAAAUACACUUCCUGUUGUGGGAGAGACAUUGAUAAAUAAUCAACUUCCUGCAGCCGGGAGCGAAGAAAUCCAAUCCGACACUGAACGUAAAGACAGUCCAGUUUCAAAUUCAUUACUAUGCGCGUCUGACUCGACUCAGCUUGCUUGUUCAAGCAAGGCUUCAAACAGUGUGAGUAGUUCUCCCACUAACAUCCCUACUUCCAUUGGGGCCACUGAAUUAAUGGCAGUAAGUAGCGUUGGUUCCGAGUCCAAUGUGUAUGUUCAGUAUGUCGGCGAGUUUGAUCCCUCAUUGCUGCCUGAGGAAGUUACAUUUGUGAUCAUACAAGGCGAAUCAGGGGAGGGUGUGCCAGUUGCUGAUGGGCAGAGCUUAAUUAUUGAAGGGUCUGGAUUCGAAGAACCCACUGAUGGCACAUCUGUUCCUCUGCAAGCUAACAUACCAGUUGCUUAUGCUCUGCAGCAGCGAGAGGAUAUUGCAGGAGAUUCUGAAUGUAUUGUAUCAGAAAUGUAGCUCCAUUAAGGAUUAUCUAGCAAAAACCAAGGUAAAAAAAAAGAAAAUGAAAUAUUCAAGGUCUCUCACUGUCUCCCAUCUCCCAUAAAAAAUGGCAAUCAUUACAUUCUUUUCUGCUAAUUUUUAAUAAAUUGAAAUUUAAAAAAAUUUAUUUUACCAUGAUUUCUAUUAUAAAUUCUCAGACAUUUCCCCCAGCCCAUUUUUUUUUUUUUUUAUCUGAAAGAUUAUUUACAAGUGAAUAUUGAAAUACUGGUUUUAUUUUUCCAUCUUGGUCAUGUUGUAAAUAUUGAUAUUCUUCAAUGAUUUCUUGGUAUUCUUCAAGGUUUGUCCUUGAAUCUGUUGCUUAUUUAAUGUGAAGUUCAUUGUGAACAAAAAAAAAACCUUCUGAUUCUACUCAAAUUUCUGACGAUUGAUGAUGGAUAGCCGACUGAACCACUUAAAUUAACUGUUUAUACCUGUUUUUGAUGUACAGUUUAUAACAUUUGGUAUUAAUGUCCUUAUUGAUGGUUGUUUUGUAUGUAUGUGUGAGUGUAUGUAUAAAAAUAUGCCUAUAUAUUCCUACUGUGUGUAUAUGUCAGUUUGGAAACUUGUCUGUCUGUGGCACGUUUAUUUGUCAUUUAUUACAGUUAUUUAUAGCUAAAUACUUUCAAUUUAUAUAUAUACACACACACACAUAUAUAUAUAUAAUGAUAAUGUCAUGUCUAAAUGACUUCCUGUAAAAUGUAAGAACUCUUGUUUUUUUUUUUCUGCGUCAUUUCCAAAAGUUUCAAGAGUAUAUAACAUUCUAUUCCAGUGUGGUUACUGGUAAACUAUAGUACUGCCUUUGAUUUGGUCACAGCUACUAGAUUUAAAAAGAAAAGGAAAAAAAAAAUGCAGUUCUACUUGUAUAAAUUUGCUGGCUGCCCAUAUUAAUGCUGCUAGGUCCACAGCUUUAUUAUAAAUUGUCUGUAAGAAACAUCUGUGAGUUUAUAUAUAUAUAUAUAUAUAUUAUAUAUAUAAUUAUUUAUUUAUUUAUUCAAAAGGAGUAUAAACUUCUGUUUGAAUUCCAGUCAUAUCACAUAUAGAUAAUAGUAAAAUGAAAAUGAAAAAAGAUAUAUUGAAAACUACCGUCUUCAUAAGAGGUUGAAAACAGUUACCCGAAGGGAAAGAUUGGUUUCCCUAUCAAAGAAUAAAGAAUGAUUAUUACUCUG